AUGUCAUUUUCACCCUCGUUACCAAGUCCAGUAAGCGAAGCUUCACAGGCAGAAGCAAAUACGAGGACAAGAAAUGAUUCCAGACAAGAACAAGAAGAAAAUGAUCAUUACCAAUCAGCAUCAUCAGAAAUAAUUGCAACAUGCAUAGAGCCAACCUUUUCAGUCAGUUCAAGCAAUCAACAACAGCUACACGUACCAUUUCAAGUUCGUAUGACACCACCUAUUGUCAAUAUGUUUUGUUUGCAACCUAUCCUACAGGUAAUACCUACUCGAAUCUUUUGUGAAUUAUUUUCAAGAAAUGUUAUAUCAACGGUGGAUCUGAAUUGUCCAUUGGACUUGAAACGGAUUUCCUUACAAGUUCGUAAUGCCGAAUAUAAUCCAAAACGAUUUGCUGCUGUUAUUAUGCGUAUUCGAAGACCACGCACCACUGCCUUAAUCUUUGCUUCGGGUAAAAUGGUGUGUACAGGUGCUAAAAGCGAAGAAGAUUCAUUAGAAGCAGCCAGACGUUAUGCGCGAGUGAUUCAAAAACUUGCUUUUCCAGUUAAAUUUCGUGAUUUCAAAAUUCAAAAUAUGGUUGGAAGUAUUGAUGUCAAAUUUCCCAUUCGAUUCGAGAAGAUUAUACUUGAGCAUUAUCAAUACUGCAGUUACGAACCUGAAAUAUUUCCUGGUCUAAUUUAUCGAAUAGUUAAACCAAAAGUUGCUCUACUUAUUUUCGUAUCGGGCAAAAUAGUCCUAACUGGCGCAAAAGUUCGUCGAGAUAUGCAUGAAGCAUUUGAAAAGAUUUAUCCAAUUCUUAAACAAUGUCGAAAAUGA